ACCGAGCGGAGGUCCGUGACUGCGGAAGUGCGGCGCGGCUCACAGACUCUCGCACUAGAGACACUUCCGCCAGCCAAGAGUCCUUCCGGGGCGGGUGUCACCAUGGCGGCGGCCUUGGCUCGGCUCGGACUCCGCUCGGUCAAACAGGUUCGGGUUCAGUUCUGCCCCUUCGAGAAGAACGUGGAAUCGACGAGGACCUUUCUCCAGGCGGUGAGCAGCGAGAAAGUUCGCUGCACGAACCUCAACUGCUCAGUGAUUGCUGACGUGAGGCACGACGGCUCCGAGCCUUGCGUGGACGUGCUGUUCGGAGACGGCCAUCGCUUGAUUAUGCGCGGCACUCACCUGACCGCCCGGGAAAUGCUCACUGCUUUCGCCUCCCACAUCCAGGCCAGGGGCGUGGCGGCGAGCGGGGACAAGCAGAGCGCCAGUACCGGGCGCUGACAGCACAGAAGAGACCAAUCCGGUUUUAACCUAAGACUGCUAGGGACACUUAUUUAAGAAGAACUUAAUUACUGAAAUCACUAUCUGGAGGGCCACAGAACGCCAAAAAAAGAAAAGAGGCCUGUGACUACAAACCUAACCAGUGUUUCUGGGACGAGAAAAGAUGGGAGGGGUGCGGACAAAUUUGAAUUUAUUUCAGUUUCUUACCAUCACUCACUGCUUAGCCCUUUUGAAUUUGGCUUCUCCUUCCACUAUUCAAGGUACCUCUUACUCUUAUUAGAAAUGCUGUUUUCUCAGUCCUCAUCUUUCCAUUUCAGUAGCAUUUGCCGUUCUUAAUUCACUCCUUGUGGAACUUCUCUUCCUCUCGGUGCCUUGUCCUCUCUUAACCAUAAAAGUGUACUACUCUCCUUUCUCUUAUUUUUGGGGCAUCCUGUCUUCUGUCAUGACUUGAACUAUCCUCUUGGGUUAAAUCCUACAUUUCUGUUUGGCUCUAAUCUUAAAUUCUGUGCUAUAUAGUCAGGGUACCUACUACCAGUUUUCUCCAAAUUCCAGCAACACUCUUUGUCUAAAAUAAAACUGAUAAUCUUGUAUACUGUCAAUAAUGAUCCUUGAACAACAGCAGGUUUGAACUGCAGGGGUGCUCCUAUAUGCCUGUUUUUAAAAUAAAUACUACAUUACUACGUGA